AUGUUCAACCCAUUUGUGUUCGUAAAAGUGCUCCUGCGCACAUUCAAUCGCUCAAGCUCACAAUACAAGUCAAUGGUACUACUAUUUACCGUUUUUAUGGGAUGCCAAUAUAACAUAGCAACUUCGAAGUACAGAAAAAAGAAGGAGGCGUAUAUGAAGAGUUUGGAACAGCUGCAGAUAGAGCAGCCAGACUGGUCCUGCUACUUCGCCGCCAGGCAGUACAGGGCGGAAUGUGUAGAAGCACCUUGGGGUGUUGAGGAAGGAUUUGAAUUAUGUAAAAAACUGCAGGAUAAAUUUGCUGCUUGUAAGGAAGAGCUCUACAAGGAGAUUUGCAAGGGUGUCCCAUAUGCAAUGGACGUUGGUCCCACAUUGGUUAAUCGUCCGCCAUGGAUACCACCAAGUGUAUGA